AUGUCUACUGACGCUAAGCCAACUACCGCUGAAGAUUCCACCGCCACCAAGCCACCAACCGCUUCCGUUUUCUCCAUGUUUGGUGGUAAGAAAGCUGAAAAGGCUGAAACCAAAGAAACUAAAGAAGAAAAGAAGGAAGAAGAUGCUGAAGAUGCUGAAGCUGCCGAAGAAAAUGAUCCUCAAUUCGAACCUAUUGUUCAUUUAGAAAAGGUAGAUGUUAAGACAAAUGAAGAAAAUGAAGAUGUCUUAUUCAAAGUUAGAGCUAAAUUAUUUAGAUUCGAUGCCGACGCCAAGGAAUGGAAAGAAAGAGGUACUGGUGAUUGUAAGUUCUUAAAGAACAAAGUUACUGGUAAAGUCAGAUUAUUAAUGAGAAGAGAUAAGACUUUAAAAGUCUGUGCUAACCAUAUUAUUGCUCCAGAAUAUACUUUGAAACCAAACGUUGGUUCUGAUAGAUCCUGGGUUUACACCUGUACUGCUGAUAUUGCUGAAGGUGAUGCUGAAGCUUUCACCUUUGCCAUCAGAUUCGGUAACAAAGAAAAUGCUGAUAAAUUUAAGGAAGAAUUUGAAAAAGCUCAAGAACUAAACAAGAAGGAUUAG